AUGCCCAACGUUGUCGUCGUUACCACUGAAUCGGAUGACGACGACGACGACGCCAUCUGGAUACCGCCGGAUGAGGCAGCUGCUGCAGACAGCAUGGAAUUGGAAGACGAUGAUGAUGAUGAUGAGCCCACCUGUUACGAUGCCCGAGCCGGAGGUAGUACAUCCUACUGCCCAGAUGAGGAUGACGGAUCCGAUGAUGACGAUGAUGCUACCAGCAGCAGCAGUAUCAGGUGGUGCCAUGCAGAUCAGUCCGCCACCAACGCCGCCCUUGCUGCCGACAGGGAGAAACGGCAGAAAGCCAUGCUGAGAGCCAUGAACGGGCAGCUCAGGAUGCUCGCCGCUCGCUUUCUAGAGUCGGCUGGCAUUGGCAUUGACACCACCAGCAACAGCAACAGCUGCUGCUGGCUUGACAUCGUCACCUCCCUCUCCUGGGAAGCUGCCCUUGUGAUCAAGCCUGAUGUUGGCACUGCUGUAGGCAACCAAAUGGACCCGUCCUCUUACAUCAAGGUCAAGUGCCUAGCAUCUGGUACAUCCCACCAAUGUGAGGUCGUCAAGGGCUUAGUCUUCAGGAAGAAUGUGGCUCAUAAGCACAUGCCCACCAAGUGUCACAAUCCCAGGCUGCUGCUGCUUAGCGGAGUCCUCGGCCAUUCCCAUGUUGGCUUCUCAUCAUUCAGUUCCAUAGAGCAGGAGAAAGAGCAUCUAGACAAGUCUGUCAGCAAAAUGAUGGAGAUUUGCCGCCCAAAUGUCAUCAUGGUCGAGAAAACGGUUUCACGCGACAUACAGGAGCUUCUUCUCAAGGAAGGAGUCACUCUAGUGCUUGACAUGAAGCUCAGCCGGCUGCAGAGGGUUGCUCUCUGUUCCGGCGCUCCCAUACUCUCGUUUUCCGAGGUUCUCAGCAAGCCAAAGCUGAAGCAGUGUGACUACUUCCACAUUGAAAAAGUGACGGAGGAGCACAACCUUACCUGCAGCACUGGAGUUGGAAAGAGGCCAUCUAAAACAUUAAUGUUCCUGGAAGGCUUUCACAAGCCAUUGGGAUGCACGAUAUUGCUAAGGGGAGCAAAUACUGAAGAACUGAAGAAAAUCAAGCAAGUCAUGAACUACACAGUGUUUGCAGCAUACCGCCUCGUUCUUGAGACGUCCUUCUUCGAAGAUCAGAGACUAAUCUUGAACAAUAAGAAUUCUUCCAAAGAAGAAGUUUCUGUCACUAGGAAGGCGGGACCAUCGCCACUAGGAUCAGUACAGGAAUCUACUGAUGGGGUGCCAGUUACCAUUUCUUCUACAAAUUUCAAUGCUCUAAAUCCACUCGAGAAGAACUUCCCUAAUGAGCUCCAAGAGGGUUCAGUAAUCUAUUAUGAUUCUAAUCAAGCACUCCCUUCUGAAGGACUAGCAUCAGCAGUCCCAGAAUCACCGAGAAGAUUCAUUGAUAUAUUCCAUUAUCAUAACAUUUAUUUACCGGUCACUGCUUCUCAAGAGGCAACUGAUCAUCAGAUAGAAGACAGGCAUCAAUACAAUGAAGGCAUGGCAAGUAACGGUAUCCAUGUCAGCCCAAACGUUGGAGUACCAAUUGGUUCUGGUGAGAAUGUGGAUCAUUUAAGGGAUCCCCGGGAACAAGCAUCCUCUGAAACCAAUCAACAAAUGACAUUGGAUGACCCUUCGGUUAGUGAAAAACAUGAGCAGUCAUUGGAAAAUAUUAAACACAGCACCGGUUACAAUAACGGAGACAAGACAUCUGAUAUAGAUGAGGUGGAUGAUGUCUUGGAGUCUCAGAGCAUACUUAUUUUGCUGUCCAGCCAGUGUCUCACAAAGCAGGUUAUCUGCGAGCAGAGCCGUCUAUCCCGUAUAAGAUACUAUGGAAAUUUUGAUGUUUCCUUAGGACGCUAUUUGCAAGACAUUUUGCAGAAGCAGAACCUCAGCUGUUCCUCAUGUGGAGAGCCUCCAGAGGCUCACAUGUAUUCCUACACUCACCGCAACGGGAAUCUUGACAGCCGGACUCACUCCGGCGUGCUCUCAAUCUCACGGUGA